GGCUUUUAUUGCCUCUGCCUCCCAAGUCCCAACCCAUUCUCUCAGUCUCAGUAAUGGAGGCAAUGGUGAAGAAAUAUCAGCACAAGUUCAGAAAAGUUAGGGACGAAAUGAGCCGUUGGGACGAGCUUCAGUCUCGCUUAAUUUCACAGUUCAACAGUGCCUCCUCUAUCAUCCAGAGGUUGCAGGUACUUCAAGACUCCAAAAAUUAUGGUUCUUUGAAUUGUGUUGCUGGAAUUGGAGAUGGUUUGCUGAGAAAGCAAUUGGAGUCUUUGGAGGUUAUUUUCCUUUCUUUGAAAAGAACCAUGGAAGAAUUUCAUGGUAUUGUUUUUUCGAUUGAGAAGAUUCAUCGAGAUGGUAGACAACAAGUUAAAGGUGGGUCUAAUCAGCCUAGUGCGAAACAACUGCAGCUACGAGUUGGUGUAAAACCCACUCUUGCUGAUUGCUUGGAUGGGCUUAUGGUUCUUUAUGACAUGCACCACUCAGAGUACCUUCUUAAAGCCUCAGUGGUUUCAGCGCUAUCAACACUUACCUUAAAACCCAGUGCCAGUGACCUAUGUGCUCUCCAGCAGCUCUUAAUUGAUCAGCCUAACAUCCCCAAAGACGAAGUUCAAUCCAUCUUUGAUAUCAUAUUUGCAGAAGAAAUCUGUUGAUUUCACCAUAUGGUUGAGUACAAAACUUUGUAUUUUGGAUACUUGGAGCAGUGUGCCAAAUGGAACAGUGGUGGCUUUUAUGAGAGUCAUCAUCCAGCUUGCUUGUUGGCUGGUGAGGAGACUCCAUAAGCUACCUGCACAGUGAGGGUUUGAAAAUUUGAUGUUCGACAGCUCUUAAGGCCCUUAAAAUGUGCUUUCCAUGGAUGGGCAAAUUUGUUUCUGCCAAAACAUACAUUGACCUGCAGAAGAUUUGUGCCAAGUUUGGCGAAUAAAAUACGCAUUUACUGUACUUCUAGAAUAUUUUACAACUAUCCAAGAGGAGACUAAUUUCAAAGUUCUCUGUCCUGUAACUGUAUAUUUUAUGCCUCUGUUCUUAGACUUUUAGUCUAUUUUUGCUUUCUGGUUUUCUUAAAUUCGACUACUUGGAAACCAUCUUUUCUUUGCCUUUUUGUCUUUUGGGGCUGAACGCGGCGUCAUGGCCGCCUUCUUUGUUGCAAACUAACCCUUCAAACGAUCAUAUGCAUCAACUUGGACCAACUGGUAGAACCGUGGCAGGUUUAACGUGGUGUUUGACAGGUUUGAACUCAGAGCCGCAUGUACGACCAGCCGAAAUAAAGAAACUUCUGACUUUCAAGAUUGGGUUUUUAUUUUCUUAUUUUUAUAAUGUUAAGUUGCAUACACCUGUGCAUCUUAUAGAUUCUACCUCAUCUUCAUCCAACUCAACUCGUAAGUUUUAUAAGGAGUUUGGAUGCUGAUCAAGACACCAUAAUUCAAAAAGACUUUUCUAUACAA